CUGAAAGUUGCACAUCGCUAUAUGACUUAAAGGCGACCAAUCUAUUACCACAUUUGGCGUCACUGGCUAUUGAAGAUACACUAAACAAGGAUAAAUCGGUUGUCACACUUUCGUGGCUUGGAGAACGUAAAAUACGACCAGAUGUCACGGAAUAAACCGCAUCGACCUCGUGUUACACUGUCAGCAACCGAUUCUACAUGCACAUCGAUCCACGGUCACGUAUUUAAGUUAUCUAUGCACGACGAAAAACCAAUAAACACACACACACACACAAACUAUAUGGGGAUGAUGAAGAAGGGAUGAAGAGGAAAGCUUGCGAGAAAGAAAAUUAAUUAAAUCCCGGAAGCUGAAAAUAUGUAUUUCGAGACAAGUUCUCUAAUUAACAUAAACUUUGAACUUGCUGGAAUGGCAAAAUACACGAGGAGUUUGAGAGAAGGAGAGAGAGAGAGAGAGGAUAGAUUGAGGAAAUUCGCAAAGAGGCUUCCUGCUGUGUAUGAUUGAGCAAUGAGCAUAUCCCGGGGGAUAUAUAUGAAUGUGGAUUAUUUGCAAACGUGGGCGGUGAUCACGAUCGUGCGUGAAACGAAGCAACAAGAGUUUAGUUUGUGACGGUGUCUCUCACGAGGAGGAUUGUCUGCCGGAAUAUCGUUUUUUUAAAAAACAAAAACAAAAUCCACAAUAAAAAAAAAAACAGACAGUGUUCACUAUUUUCGAUGCCGACAGAUAAGCUGAGUCGUUCUUGCAAAAUUGAAGCGACUAUGAAUCCAUCAGCGGGAGACACCGUCAUUGCAACGAACACAAGUUCAGAAACGACUGGGGAAUCAUUGACCUUGGAGGAUGGCUGUCAACAUAAUAAUCUUGAGCGGUCCAAAUCGAAAACCGUAACAAGAAAAAGACGACAAAUUGAGCCAUCUUCGUCAAUAAUGGAUAUCCCCAGGAAAACAUCACGACAUGAAGAUUUAUCCACUAAUAAUAGAGGGAUUGAUGUUGAUGAUGUGAAUAAAUUGGAUGAAAAUCAACGACGAUCAUUAAAGAGGCCUCUAUCAGCGUCAAUAAAUUCACUGUGCAAAGAAUUGAAAAAUAAAAUUAUCAAAAAUCGAAAAGACAAGAAAAAUGAUAACAAUGAAGAGGACAGUAAUUCAAUAAUAAUAAUUGAAAAUGAAUUUUCAAAUGAAAUCUCUUCAUUGAAUCAUUUGGAAUUAAAGGGAAAUUUAUUGCCACUUUCUUUCAAUGAGAUAUCAAAUGUAAUUCAAGAGAUUCAAUCGAAGGAAAAUGAGACAAAUCAGAAAAAACAAGAAGUGAAUUUAAAUUUGUCGAAAGAUAAAAUGAUUUCUUGUCUUCAUAGAAAGCCGCCGGACGUUGCAACAAAAUUGUGUAGGCGAAAGACAGAGAAAGUGAAUGAUGUGAUGAGGUUGAGAAAAACGAUACAGUGGUUAGAGGAAGGAGCACGAAGAAUGAGAGAAGAUCUUGCUGCGGUAAGAUCAGAGCUUCAUGAAGAACGAAAAGCAGCAAAACUUGCGAGACGUGACCUGGAAACUGCGAUAAGAGACGCUCGAGUCACGGAAGCUGCGAAAAAUCAACAGAUCAUCUCCGACCUUAAAGUCAGACUCUCUCAAUCUCCCUCUCGUUCAGUGACAGAGGCCACUCUUGUUUCCUCGAAGGUGGAGUUUUUAAAAGACGAGAAUCAUCGACGCGAACUCUCGGCAUUAAAAAAACGAUUAGUCGAGGCUGAAACGACAAUAAAAAAAUUAAAAACAAAUUCAUUGACAUCUGUUGUUUCAACGAAACGAAGAAAAAUUGAUUCAAAUUCAUCGAUUGACAUUCAUAAAUUGGAAUUGGAAAUUCAAAAUUUACGAGCCGUUAAUAAAAAACUCGAAGAAAAAUUACAAAUUGCAACGGAAGCUGAAAAAUCGAGAACAAGUGAAUUGAGAGUUCAACAUGAAAAUCACGAGGCUGAACAGGCUGGUUUGCAGAAAAUUUUUCGCACGGAAACUAUUAAAAUGAUGGAUGAGAUACGCAGCAAGAGCAGAGAGAUCGAGAAGCUGAAGAACGUUGUGCGGAAGCUGCGGUCCAGGGAAGAUGAAACUAUGCGAAAAUUAAGGGAGAGCGAGAGAAAUCAUCAGAUUCGUUUGGCGCCACGUAUCGAGGAGAAAAUUCCUAACGGCGAACAUGCUGUGGAUUUAUGUAAAAGAGAGUGUGAAGCUGUGGCUGAGGUGGAACGUCUUCGGGAACUCGCGGUCGAACAGCAGGAGGCCAUAGAGGUACUCAGGCAGGCAGUCAAGGAAAAAGAACGUAAAUUGGAUCAGUUAACGAAUAAAAAAAGAAAGGAGGAAUUUUACAAGCAAUGGCUGGAAUUAGAACCAGUUGCGGAAGUCGACGACGAAGAAGAAAACGAAGAUGACAGCGCUCUUUCGAGUGCACCAUCGUCACUUUCACCCCAACCUGGGGGAUGUGGACAAUGGCAAGCAAAUGGCGUCACCCGCGAGGCUUAUGAAUCUCUUCUUUUUGAAGUCGAAGAAUUGCAAACUAAAUUAUUGGAGGAGCAACGUGAACUCGUGCAUGCCAAAAGUCAAGUUCGAGAUUUGGAAAAGGCACUUUUACAAGAGACAAGAGGCAGUCAAAAUAGUAGACGAGCACUAAGUGACAAAUUACGUGACGCUGAAGAACGUGAAUCGAAUUUAAUUGCUGAAAUAUCGGAACUUCGAGAGCAAAAUGAACUCUUGGAAUUUCGUGUUCUUGAACUUGAAGAAACGCCAAAUCAAAGGGAUACACCCGAUCCAGCCGACAGUGGAAUUGUAUCACCGGAACCAAUUCAUCUCUACAAGGACCAAUCAAAUAAACACAAGGAUCGUGCAGUGGCAACUGUGAUUCCAUAUACUUCAACGUUGACCCAUCAGCCAGUGUCGCCGGUACCUCAAAAACCACCAUUAUCACUUCAGGAAAGUGGAAUUUUUGAGGAUGACGAUGACAAUGAUCAUAAUAUUGAUGUUGUUGAGGUAACAAAUUGUGGUACACAAACAGAAGCACCUGCCGGUGAAUUAUUACAGGAAGUUCAACGUCUUCAAGAAUUGCGAGCACGAAUUCAAGAACGUGCUGUUAAAGUUCCCGUUUCAUCUGUGAAUGAUACAAUAAAAACUUGUUCAACACCCGAAGUCACUGAAACGACAACAGUUGACAUUGCACAAAUUGCCAUCUAUCAAGAUAGAAUACACGAUCUUGAGACAAGAUUACAAAAUCACGAGGAUGCUGAAGUGAAAUUUCUUCAUGAACAACAAUUAUCAAAACAACGUGACGAGGAAUUACUCGAUGAGAAUUAUAAAUUGACGGAAAAAAUUUAUUGGCUCGAAAAUAAAAUGCGUAAUAUUCCAAAAAUGAUUAGUCGUGAAACAAUGGUGGAUAUGAAAAUUGGCAUUGAUUUCACAUCGCAAUGGAAUGGAGAGAAUGAAAAUUUGGAAAAUAAUUCUUCUUUAUUGUCAAAAGAAUGUUGUCUGGAGUGUUGUAAUCUUUUGAAGAAUUUUGAAUCGAGAAUUGAACAUUUGGGACAAACGGAAUAUAUUUUAAGGCAACAAAUCAUAGUUUUGGAACGUAGAGAACGUGCGUUUAUUGAGACACUUAAACAGGCUGAUACAACGUGGUCAAGUGUUGAGAUGGAUUAUAAAAGAAAAUAUGAGGAAAUGCAGGAACGAUUGCAAGCGCAGACACAAUUGAAUCGUGUUUUUCUCGAACAUUUAUCAGCACUAAAUAAAAUAAGUCCAGGUGUUUAUUCCACUGAAACGGAGUAUAUUGAAAAAUUAGUCGGUCGAUUGAGUGGUGCUCUUGAUUCAUUGGAUGUUGCCGAUGGAAUCGAGAGAAUGAUUGUUGAUGAUGAAAAAUCUAAAACUCUCAAGACUGAUGAUUUACGAUGUCAAGCUGAAUCGUCAGACAAAUCUCGGGACAAUUUUUCUCCACAAUCAUCGAUGGAAGAUGUCAAAGAAGAAAUGAAGAUGAAUAAAUUAUCGAGAACAAUUGUCGAAAGAAAAGGCGCCGUGUCACAGGUGACUUUAGCUUCUGAUGUGGAUCAGGAGGAACCACAAAUAACCAUUGACGAAACAGAUCCGGACAAGAAGUUGUAAAGCAUGCAAACGAGAAGGAAGGCCAACUUCGACGAGUUUCGUGGGAUGGACAACAAGACUGAGUGAGAACGUGCUUCUUGAUGAUUCAAAUCUGGCCCCAGCAAGUAAUCUACUUUCGGUGGAGGUGAAGGUCCAAUUUUCUUCCCCACGGUACCAUUUAGUCAAAUUGAUGGCUUUACGAAUGCAGCAAGCUUGACAAAAAAUAAAAAAAAAAAAAAAAAAAAAAUGUCCAACUCGAAAGGAACCGUUGUUCUGAAGCAUCCGAUGAGGACAAAUUAGCUGGCGCUGCUUGGUGAGCCCAAGUGAUGACCAGAAAUGGUAUACGUCCUACCGUAAAAUUAAAAAAAAAACAUCUGUAAAAAUUCACACAAAAAAAAUUUCCUUCUGGCAACGCAUUCAAUUUGAAAUGCGUUUGACAGACGUAAAUAAAUUAUAAAAAUUUGAAGUGCCUUAUGUGUUUCUUGUAAUGAUUCGUCUCUGGACGUUUUACAUAUGUGUAACAAAAGAAAAAAUCUAGAAUAAGUGUCGGGUGCUUCCAAAAUACGAGAGAAACUAAUCAUUUUUCAAUUUAUAACUUUGCAAAAAAAUUUUCUUAUUUAAAAAAGAAAAAUUUCAUUUAAAAUCAAAAAAAAAAUUAAAUAAACAUCCAAUAAUUGUACAAAAAAAAAUAAAGAUAUAGUAAAAAUAAUUAAAAAGAAAAAAAAAAUUGCAAAUAAAUCAAAGAAAUUGAAAAAUUCGAAUAAUGUUUAAUUUCUCUCGAGAAAAAGCCAUAUAAAUAUAUAGACUUUUUCCAAUUAAAAUUUAAGUACCAAGAAGAGUAUUCGCUUGUAGCAACCUGAUCGUAUGUAAAUGACGAAACUGUGAUUCUUAAGAUACGAAUCUGCUUAUUUAAGAGAAAGUCGUUUUUUUUCUUUCUUUUUUUUUAAAUCGACAAUACUUUACAAUACCGAAUCAAAAAAAAAAAAAAAAAAAAAAAAAAAAAAAUUAAGAACAUCAUUGCAGCUUUAAAAUAUGUUUAAUAAUUAUCACAAUUUAUCUUACGAUUCUAUAAUGAAUUUCCAUAUUUUUGCUAUUGUUUUAUUCCUAAAUCAGAUAAUCAUUCUCUCAAUCUUGAUUAAUUGUAUUUUUAAUGUCUGGUUAACUAAUUAUAACACAGAAAAAAAAUGGUAAACAUUUUUAAAAAUUUGAUAAAAUUGUUUAAUCGAAAUCUCAAUUUAAAAAUUAAAUUUGAAUGAAUUUUCGAAAUUCACUUUUAAAUUAAUUAUUCAAGAUUGAGAAUUGUUUUUAUAACUCUAUUAAAAAUGGUUUUUUUUUUAAGUUUUAGUAACAAUUAUAAUUAUUUUUUUUUUUAAAUAAUGAUGCUUCCAUCAAUUCAUUUUCUAAUUAAAAACUUGUUUUUUUCCUUUUUAAUUAAUUUUUCAACGUAGAAAAAUUGAGAUUUAUAAUAUAUAAAAUAUGUGUAAAAAAAAAGCUGCCGAGUGUAAUAUUGCGUAUACGACAUGAGUUAGAAUUUAGCUGAUGCCUCUAGUCGAUUAAUUCGUAAUUAUUUUAAGUUGCCCUUUAGAAUCUUUUAUUUUUCACAUGUAUAUUGUUAUUGUAAAAAAAUGACUAAAAGUCUUUGAUAGUUUUACUUCCGAUUAUAUUAUAAUCAAUGUUUCUAUUAUCAUUAUUAUUAUUAUAAUUAUUAUUAUUGUUUUAAUAUCAUUAUUAAUAUUAUUUAAGAAAUUAGAAUUUCUUUGUAGUUUAUAAGUAAAUACGAACACCUUGGAAUUAAGCCGUCGAAUAAUGUAAUAUUUGCAUAUAUAUAUAUAUAUAUAUAUAUA